GUUGCCAAUCAACGGUCGGCUGGGAGCGGCCCAAUGAGAGCCCGCGGGCCGGCCGGGGCUGUCCAAUGAGCUUCGCCAGGUGAGAUUUGAAAGUGAGCCGUGGCGGGCGGCGCCGAGGGGCGGACGGCGGCUGAGGAUAAACAAGAUGGCGGCUACUUCCCAGUUUGCCAGUCGAUACAAAAAGGACUUAAGUACGGAAACCCUCAGAACAAAAGUUGCACGCAGGAAAUCAGUGCUUCAGAAGGAGAACAGACAUAAGUUGUUUGAAAAGAGCAGACAGUUUGGAUUGGCAGAUGUCAAUAUUCAGCUGUCAAAAGACAGGGGAAUUUCUCAACUAAAUGAGACAAGUGAAAUGUGCUCUCAGGAGAACAGCAGUGUAAAGCAGAAACAGCCCACAAAUGCAGCCAUGAAGAGGAAUAUUGAACGUAAGGAAAUGCUCCAACGCUAUAAGGAGGAAAAGGAACUUAGAAAACUUAAAGAACAAAGAGAGAAAGCAAAAAAGGGCGUAUUUAAAGUUGGAUUAUAUAGACCUACUGCACCUGGUUUUCUUUCACUCGUACCCCAAGAUCCUGUGACAAUCAAACCAAAAGAGAAGGCAGCUCCUGCUUUCUCUGGGAGGAUUACUCGAUCAAAGGCCAAGAAUCAAGCAGAAAAAACAAUGACAUCAUCAGCUGCAUCUAAGCAUUCUACGGUUUGUGCCAACGGGCUUAGUGCUUGCCCUACACAAGGAGGACGUAAACAGAUGGGUACAGACAAAGCGGCUGAAAAAGAGAAAGUGUUACAGUCUGCAGUCCAGGCAGCGGCAAAUGUAAGAAUCACCAGAGCAGCCGCCUCUGCAGCUAGACAGAUGCUGAAAACAACUGCUGCCACUGCUACUGGAAACCAGCCUCAACGAAAGACGGCUAAUGUAGGAAAGCAGAAGAAGGCAGUCAAACCUGACAUCAUGGAGGUACUUCCUUUUAAACAUGAAGUAGAUCAAAAUGCUCAGCUGGAUCCAGCGAUGGAAGAUUCUGUAGCUGAUUCUAAACAUUCAGCAUCUGUAGAACUUCAACAGGAACAGACCUCAGUGGAAAAGAAAAAUGUUUCGCUGGCAAAUAAUUCUUCUCCAGGGAGGCCCAGAACACGUUCUUUUGCACCUCAGAACUUUGUGUUUCAGCCAUUAAAUGGAUUAGCAACCUACAGAGUCACACCCAUGACUCCUUCUAGGGCAAACGCAUUUUUGACACCUGGUGCCUUCUGGGAUUUUUCAGAAACUUCAGUUAACACAGCUGAAAAAUCCAGAGAAAUUAAAGCACAAGAACCUGAUUUUAAAAGUCAAGUUGUACUUGCUGGUAAAAGCAUUCAAGAACAGCAAAUCACUACAGGUUUGAAAGCAGAAAAAGCAUGUGAAUUAGAUGAGAACAGUUCCAUUCAGAGAUCAAAUGAAACAAUCUCUGUUUCUACAGAUACAACAGCACUUGGAACAAAGUCAGAUGUUUUAAGAGAGCAGGAGCAUGAUGUGCCCUAUUUCAGAAACAUUCUUCAGUCUGAGACUGAGAGGCUGAUGUCUCACUGCCUCCAGUGGGAUGGAAAAUUGGAGUUGGACAUUCCAGAGGAUGCUAAAGAUCUCAUUCGCACAACAAUUGGUCAGACAAGACUGCUCAUAGCAGAAAGGUUUAAGCAGUUUGAAGGACUGGUGGAUAACUGUGAAUUUAAACGGGGUGAAAAAGAAACAACAUGUACAGACUUGGAUGGAUUUUGGGAUAUGGUUAAUUUUCAGAUUGAAGAUGUGAACAAAAAAUUUGAUAAUCUGAAAAAGCUUCAAGAUAAUGAGUGGCAACCACUUGAUAUCCCAAGCAAAGGAAUUAUCAAGAAAAAGACUGUUCCAAAUGGGGUAUCCAAACCAAAGUUGGGAGCGGCUGGAAGAACUGCUGCCCGAAACCGGCUUGCUGCUAUAAAAGCAGCUAUGAGGGAUAAAAUGAAGCAUGAGGGAGCUGCUGAUUGUACACACCAGGAGAAGCCGCCAGAAAUAGAAAAAGUGGUUUUUGAAGGAGGGUUUUUUAGAGUUGAAAGCCCUGUGAAAUCCUUUCCAGGCUUGCUUUCAAAGACACCUUGUAGAUCUUCCCAGCGGACUUCUGAAAAACUAGCAACUCCGAGAUCAUCCAGCAGAGCUUUGCUUCUGAACAAUCCUUCUGCUCUGCAUGACCCUGAGGAUACAACUGCAAAACAAAUGACGCCAGUACUCAGAGACUUCCAUGCAACACAAAAUUUGAAAAUGCACCAACUUCCCACUAGAAAAGCUCUCCCGAGUGGUUUUCUUGAACAAAGCAUUUCCCUAGUUGCAGAAGAACGUUGUCCUGUAGCUGGCACAGCAGAGGGAACUAGUGUGCUGGAAAAUCGUGACAGUGAAUUAAAAGUAAUGGAUGGCAUGGAAGAGAUGGAAACAUCUGCUGCAGAACAAGGACAAGAUAUUGUCAUGCACAGUCCAGAGAAGGACAUCUGCACAGAGACUAGCUCGGCUCAGUCUGGAGAGCCGCAAAUACCAGACCCUAAACCAGAUGCUUUGUGUAGUGACUUGAUGUGCACUGGUAGAAAUCCUUUCGAUAUGCCAGCGGUGGAUGGUAAGCUUCCCUUCACUCCAAUCAAGAACAAAGCCCAGAAGUUUGCAGCAGCUGAAACAUUCAGUGACCUAAUCGUAUUUUCUCCCCUUUCUCCCUCUGGGGAAAAAUGAAGAGUGACUUGAAAUUCAAAAUGUGUAAAUACUAUUAAUGAAAAAACAUAGAGGAUAUCGGGGAUACAGUCUGCUACGCCUGAACUGUGUUCUGAGUGAAUAUCUGUAGUAUUUUAUAGUGGAACUUAUUAAAAUAUUUUGUAACAUUUUAUAGUGCAGACAUUAUGCACUGUGAUUACUGCUGUAUAGAAACAGCAGUGUUUUUGCUGGUUAUACUGCUGUAUCCAAUGACUGCAUACUCUGACUCCAACCUGUAAUAUUUUUAUUUUUGUAUAGUUUCAUGUAAUUCCUAUCUACGUCAAGUUGUAAAAUUACUCAUCUUUAGGCUUUUCUCUCUCCUGACCUUUCUUACCUCAUGAAUUAUUUUCUUAAGCGGUGGCUGCUGGGAUAACCGUACCUGUGCCCUCUUUCUGAUGGGGGUAAGAGCUGCCCAGUACCUACCCCGAAGUGCCGUUCCCUGUUCUACCGCCGUUACCAGGGUAGCGUUACACCCUUGGGCUCUAGUAUGCGGUGCAUUAACUGUGCGUAAUCCGCAGAUCUGACAAGGUUUGGUGCAUGUGAUACUUUCCUGUUACAAAGUGCAUACAACCGCUUGUUCUGUAACAGUGGAAGCAAUUUCAGGAAAAGGAUUUCAAAGUCAGAUAAUCUUUUCCCUGCAAUCUAUUAAAUAGGGUGUGUGGAUGUGGUUUUGUUUUGUUUUUAUUUCUGGUUUUCAACAAGUACCUGUGUCCGUAAGUACCUUCAAACCAACCCCCCAUUUGCUCUCUCCUCUUUUUUUUUCAUGUGAAGAUCUCAACCUCUUUCUCUGAAUGCUUGACAUGUUAUUGUCAGCCUCUUCUUGCAUCUUAUUCCUUAUGCAUUCUCUUAUCUGGACUAAUAUAUUCAUGUAUAGUGAACAUGCAAAUUACUAACUAAAUAUAAAGACUAAGCUAUCAGAGUACCCUCAGCUGUCAUAUUUUUAAGAAAUACCUGACUGGGCUUCUUCUUGCAAUGAUGAUCUUAGUGUAAUGCACAUUCUUCCCCCUAGCCUUUAUUUUAAACCAAGCGAAGGUAAUGCAGAUCCCUCAGUCUGUAACCUUUUACAGUAGAAAGCAUUGCCACUGCAGCUGAGGGAGCUUGUCUAAGUUAUGAUUUAACCUGGAAGUUGUGUAUGUAUUACACUGAAAUAAAAUAGAGGAAGCUGACCUGA